GCGAUAAUGAAAUAGAAAAUAAAUAAAAUUUGAAGUCAAUGAAUUAUAUAAACCGUGCAGAACUUCUCUACUUAAACGUCAAUUGGGUUCUACAAAUUUGAGAUCUCAAUUUUUGGUUUCAAAGGGAACUUGCAAAUUUCCAGAGUUGUAGCUGCAAGAUUCAGUUUCUGCCCAAAAAACGGAAAAAGAUUUGAGCUAUGGCUAACUCCGAAAUAGCUUUAGACGUGGAGAAACCGAAAGAGAAAGUUACAAGUAAUAAUCCUGAUUCAAGUUCCAAGGACAUGAAGGAAGAAUCUGAAGACAACCAUGAAUGGAACAUAUUCUCAGGGAAGGCGGACGAGAUUCCUAAAAAGGAGUCUUUCCUUAAAAAGUACUGGGAAAAGAUAUUUGUAGCAUCAUGUUUGUGUGGUGUUUUAGUGGAUCCAUUAUUCCUCUACGUUCCAAUAAUCAAAGAUGAUGUAAAGUGCCUGUUUUUGGAUCAGAAGUUGAAGAUAGCCGCCGUUAUUUUAAGAUCAGUCACCGAUCUUUUCUAUAUAUUGGACGUUAUAUUUCGGAUUUAUGGAUUUGAGAACUAUUCGGGUUUUAUCGAGCAACCAAGCAGGUUUCUACGUUCAUUACUUACCCGGAGAUCUUGUGUGCCAACGAUAUGGGACAUCUUAAUCGACAUUUUAGCCAUUCUCCCCCUUCCACAGGUAGUAAUUCUCAUAUUCUUUUCAAAUAUGAGGGACUUGAGAUCUUUGACUACAAGGAUGUUUAUCAUGAACCUUUUUACUCUGUUACAAUAUGUGCCACGGGUUCUUCGCAUCUACCUCUCAUGCAGUGAACUGAAAAAGAUUCCUAAAGACGGGAUUAAGCAGACUCCCAUAUGGAUUAAAGCUAUAUUGAAUUUCUCAAUGUACAUCAUUGCCAGUCAUGUAUUCGGAGCCGUAUGGUACUUUUUUGCUAUUCAACGAAUGAUGGAUUGUUGGCAUUCUGCAUGUCAAAAAGAAGGUGGAUGUGAGAGAAGUAGUUUUGAUUGUCAUGACCAUCACACAUUUAGAAAGAUCAAAAUUCUAAAUGAUUUAUGCCCUAUAAAUCCGUCAGACGCAAAAAUGUUCGAUCUUGGCAUCUUUAGUAGUGUUCUUGAAUCCGGCAUAACAGGAUCAACCAAUUAUUUUCAAAAGUUCUCAAACUGUUUCUGGUGGGGCUUACGAAAUUUGAGUUCCCUCGGUUCAAACCUUGAACCCAGUAUAAAUGGAUGGGAAAACCUUUUUACGACUUCUAUUUCUAUAAUUGGUUUGCUCCUGUUUUUAUAUCUCAUUGGAAAUUUGCAGAUGUAUAUGCAAUUUGAGAAUGCAAAAAGAGAGGAGCGUAACCACAAGUUGCGAGUGACAGGAAAGAUGGAACAGAUUGGUCGAGAAAUACAGUUGUGGUUAUUUAAAAAUGGCAUUCCGACAAAGUCGCAUAAGGAGAUGAAGUCGCAGGUCAGUGAAAAGGUACAACAAGCAAUAGAAGGGAACAUGGAUGUUAAUUUGGAUGAUGUUAUCCCCAUUCUUCGCUCGGCGUUCCAAAGCCGUAUAAAAAAAUGUACGCCUUUGACUAAGCUCAAGCAAGCGUUUAGAAGGCUGGAUGAAAACGUGUUGAAAGAAAUCUGUCAGCAUCUUGAACAGAAAAAAUUUCUGAAGAAUCAUAUCAUUAUUGAAGGGGGUAAACCACUCGAAAAGAUGGUCUUCAUUGUGGAUGGACUUGUAGACAUUAGAAAUUCAGAUGGUUCUUGUAGUAAUUCACAACGAGGUGCAGGAGAAUUAUGUGGACAAGAUCUUCUUCUAUAUGGAUCUCGGUCAAAUGGGGAGUAUGCUAAGGCGUUUAGUGAUGUUGAAGCCCUUGUUAUCAUGGCUAAACACACGGAGGGUGUCCGCUCUAGAUUUGGAGUGCAAAUUGAUGCUUAUAAACGUUAUUUUCAUGAUCACAAAUCAGAUAUGAGCACAGGUCAAAAAGUAAAGCGGAAGCGAACUCAUGACAUUUAGUUAGUCCUCUAAUAUAGAUUAGCCAAUCAUGUUAGUGCUAUGUGUAUGUAAUCUGUUAGUUUGUUGUAUUCGGUUUGAGUCAUGUUAGUGCUAUACUAGGCAAUGCUGCCCGUGCGUUGCUGCAAGAUUAAAAAUUGUGUUGAUCACUAUGCCUGAAAAACGCAGAGAUAGUUGAAGAAAACAAUAAGAUAAAUUUAGAUAUACAAAACACUGUAAUCAUUCACUGCGGUUCA